UAUUUCAUACUCAUUUCCUGCCACCCUUUUUUAUUUAUUCUGGGAAAACUCCUGUAUUUCCACCCACCAUCUACCCCUGGUCAUCUUUUUGCUACAGUCUCCAACACAACCCCCCCUUCCACCAACCCCAGUCACCAAUUUUGAAAAAGUGUCCGAUCGCCGCUACUGUCCGAAACCUGGUCCAUGGUAACUACUCAACUUUGUUACUCAGACAACUCCAACCCCACCCAACAACCCCCAAAUGAUGGCAGGUAUAGUCCAUAGAAACAUCUUCACUUUCCCUGAUGACAUUUGAGCGUCUGUGAAAACAAUAAGGUCCAGCCCAUCUAAAUCUCUAUAAAAACAGUACAAAGGCAGAAGUGUUCGGAGGUUCCCUGUGCAUCCCAGCUUCCACCUUCAGAUUCCUGAGGCAAGCUUAUUUUUGCUGUCAUUAUGAACUCCGCAUCGAACAGCAGUCUGAGCAACAAUUUUAUUAUGACAUCACUAAAAGAGAAGGCUUCGCUGGUGCAGGUGCUGGUUGGGAUUCUUCUGUAUGUUAAUGGACUGAUGAUUUUCACCUUUCUGAAGAAGGAGAUCUUCAGGGACAUGCGCUAUAUUCUGUUUGCUCAGACUCUUUUUGUUGACUCUACUUUUAUGAUAUUUGCUGAUUUAACCCUUGUAUGCUCGGCUUACCAAUUGGUCAUUCACAACAUUACUUGCUAUGUGUCCUGUACAGUCAUGUCUAUACUCAGUAUUUGUUCUCCGGUGACUCUUGUAGCCAUGUGUUUGGAGCGCUAUGUUGCCAUAUGUUUGCCUUUAAGACAUUCCAGCAUCUCCAGUCCCAAAAACAUCAUCAAUGGGCUGCUCAUCAUAUGGGGUGUCAGUAGUGUCAUCCCACUAUUUGUUUUCAUUGUCUCUUUUGCUUAUACUCCUCCUAAUGCCAUGAACUCAUUUGUUGUGUGUAGUAUUGAGGUCAUGUUACAAGUGAAAUGGUUGGCAGACACGAGAGCAACAAGUCAACAGCUCUUAUUCGUCAUAAUGUUGUGUAUUGUUGGCUCUACUUACAUCAAGAUUAUGGUCGCAGCCAAAUCAGCCUCAGCCACGAACAAGAAGUCAACAUAUAAGGGUCUCAGAACUGUUAUUCUCCAUGGCAUUCAGCUGAUUCUGGGUAUGAUGCAGUUUAUAACACCGUACACUGAAAUGUCUUUAUGGAAAGUAGAUGUCAUGCUGUUUUUAAAUGUGAGAUAUUCAAAUUUUGUUUUGUUUUGGAUUUUGCCUCGUAGCUUGAGUCCAUUAGUAUAUGGACUACGAGACAAAAAGUUUUAUUAUGCUCUUAAAUAUUAUGCCUUUUGUGGGGGUUUUGUGGUUUGUAAUAAGCACAAAGUAAGAGAUAUGAAAAUCUUACGAAGGAAAAGAUAUUAA